UUUAAAAAAAAAAAAAAAAAAAAAAUGGGAGCAAGACAGUGGGACGAAAGACGACGUCAUCUCUCUCUAUUGUUAGUAAGUUUUAGCCCAAUCGUGUCCUCUCUGCCUUUGUCUCCCAAAUUCUCAGAUCUAAUCAGAUCGAUUCUCCUGAUUUCAUCAGCUUCGAGAGAGAUUCUCUUUUCCUUUCUCGUUGAAUGUCUCGCUCCCAGAACGAGGAGUUUCAACAAUGGUGGAACAAGCAACGAGAUAGGAACAAUCACGACGUUCUUUACACCGGCGACGAUGAAGCAUUCCUCACCGUUGAAAUCCGUACUCCGGCCACCGUUGACCCGGAUAAAGAUCGGAUCCGGACUCGUACCGCUCGUCAGCUCUCUCGUCUCUACCUCCUCAAGUUCAAGCAACUCGCAUCUUCCUUCGUCUGGAUCGGUAACUCUUUCCUUUACCUUAUUCGCACCGCCAAUCGCCGCAUUGCCAACGAUAAUCCUCCAUCUGUCUCCUCCUCCGCUAGAUUGUACCGUCUAAUCAAGGGAUUUCUCGUUGUUGUUGUGCUUCUUCUCUGUUUCGAGCUCGCCGCUUAUUUCAAGGGAUGGCACUUCACACCUCCCUCUGUCGCCUCCGCCGAGGUCGCCGUGGAGGUGGUUUACGCCUGGUGGUUGGAGAUCAGGGCGUCUUAUCUCGCGCCGCCGCUUCAGAGCUUGACCAAUGUAUGUAUAGUUCUCUUCUUGAUUCAAUCGGUUGACCGUCUGGUGCUUGUGCUUGGAUGCUUCUGGAUCAAGCUCCGCCGCAUUAAGCCUGUUGCAUCUAUGGCGUACCCGACUAAAUUGGUUGGAGAAGGAGUUAGAUUGGAAGAUUAUCCAAUGGUGAUUGUUCAGAUUCCAAUGUGCAAUGAAAAGGAGGUUUACCAACAAUCUAUUGGAGCUGUGUGUAUGCUCGACUGGCCAAGGGAAAGAAUGCUAGUUCAGGUUCUUGAUGACUCCAGUGAGUUAGAUGUUCAGCAGCUUAUAAAAGCUGAAGUACAGAAAUGGCAACAAAGGGGUGUAAGGAUAGUGUAUAGACACCGUCUCAUACGUACUGGUUACAAGGCUGGAAACCUUAAAGCUGCAAUGAACUGUGAAUACGUCAAAGACUACGAAUUUGUUGCCAUAUUUGAUGCGGAUUUCCAGCCACCAGCGGAUUUCUUGAAGAAAACUGUGCCUCACUUUAAGGGUAAUGAUGAACUAGCCUUGGUCCAAACACGGUGGGCUUUUGUGAACAAAGACGAAAACUUGCUUACAAGACUCCAGAACAUAAAUUUGUCUUUCCACUUUGAAGUUGAACAGCAGGUUAAUGGUGUCUUUAUUAACUUCUUUGGUUUUAAUGGAACUGCUGGUGUUUGGAGAAUCAAAGCCCUCGAGGACUGUGGGGGAUGGUUGGAGCGAACAACUGUUGAAGACAUGGAUAUUGCCGUUCGUGCGCAUCUUUGCGGAUGGAAGUUCAUUUAUCUGAAUGAUGUAAAGUGUCUCUGUGAACUUCCGGAGUCCUAUGAGGCAUACAAAAAACAGCAAUACCGUUGGCAUUCGGGUCCAAUGCAAUUGUUCCGUUUGUGCUUCUUUGACAUUCUUCGGUCAAAGGUGAGUGUUGCCAAGAAAGCAAAUAUGAUAUUUCUCUUCUUCUUGCUACGGAAGCUUAUCUUGCCAUUCUACUCAUUCACGCUCUUCUGCGUCAUUCUUCCAUUAACAAUGUUCUUCCCAGAAGCUAACUUACCAUCUUGGGUUGUUUGCUACAUCCCUGGGAUCAUGUCCAUCUUAAACAUCAUCCCAGCCCCAAGAUCCUUCCCUUUCAUAGUUCCAUAUCUCCUUUUCGAAAACACCAUGUCAGUUACCAAAUUUGGAGCCAUGAUCUCUGGUUUGUUCAAGUUUGGAAGUUCUUACGAGUGGGUAGUCACCAAAAAGCUUGGGAGAUCCUCUGAGGCUGAUCUGGUUGCAUACGCAGAGUCAGGUUCUCUGGCCGAGUCCACAACCAUCCAAAGAUCAUCCUCUGAUUCAGGUCUGACCGAGCUUAGCAAACUAGGAGCAGCAAAGAAAACUGGCACAACCAAAAGAAACCGUCUGUACAGAACAGAAAUCGCACUUGCAUUUAUCCUCUUGGCAGCUUCGGUGAGAAGCUUGUUGUCUGCGCAAGGGAUCCAUUUCUACUUCCUCUUGUUCCAAGGAAUCACUUUCGUUGUUGUCGGUCUAGAUUUGAUCGGGGAACAGGUCAGUUAGUUUAUUUAACCUUUUUUCUCAGUUUAAAACUACAUUGAACCAUACCACCUGAAGAACGAACAAGACCCAAAGACCAAGUCAGGAAGGAACGAACCAACUCACUCGCAGGUCUUAUCGUUACAGAUAGAUACAUAAAAACAAUUCAUUUAAAAUUUCUGUCUUGGGAACAUGAUUUUAUACUCUACUUGGGUUGGUUUAGAUUCUUCCUUUUUUUACGGAUAGUAUUAGAGAAUGGCAGAAAGAGCCGUCGAAGAGGAUUCCAAAGACUUGCCUACCUGUCUUUGUUGUGGUAUUAAGCCAAAACUUGGUUUUUUUGUUGUGCAAAAAUUGUUGUUAGGUUGUUCGUUUUUGUUUCGGAUGAUGUGGCAGAAACAUCUUUUAAGAUUUGCUCUAAUGCCACUCUCAAAUUCUUUUGAGCAAUUUGUUGUUGUUGUUUCUCUC